AUGAGUCCAUCAGCAAAGAGGCCCAAGGACAAAGUGGUUUCCGAGAUGCAAGAUGAGAAACUACAGGACAAGAUAAGUCAGCCUGUCUGCAAAGCAAUUGAGCGGAACCGACUUAAAAUGGUAUUAAGAAAUUUGUCGCUCUUGAAGCUACUCAAGAGCUCCAACCGCAGGAUCCAAGAACUACAUAGCCUAGCAAGACGGUGUUGGAAUUCAGUGCUCAGAGUUCCGAAGAUGCUCCGUAUUUCCUCCGGAGACAAUGCCUGCAAUGAAGUGAAAAAAAAUAACGAAAAACCCCAGGAAGCUAGAUUCCUUGAGAAGAAACUGGAGACUAAGAAAGAAGAAUCUAUAGAAGAAUCUAAGGAGACAAGGGCCAAUGAGUGGAAGCCGGAGAUAGCAUCAGAGAUAAAGAAAAAGGAAAAGGAGUCAACUGAAGCAGUGCCACUAGAUCAGGUGGAGCCUGAGGUCCCAAGGACAUCGGGGGGUCAUGGCCUGAACACUCGAGCCCGGGUGAGGCAACUAUCUGUGGGCCGCCGAGUCAUCUUCCUGAAGACCAACUACCACAGAAGUUCCAUGGGGGAUAUGAAGCAGUUGGAUGUAGACGGCCAGAAUAUCUGGUUCGAGGGGCUGCCCAGACGAAUCCACCUCCCAGGGCCCCGCGUCAUGUGCAGACCCUCUAGCCUGCGCUGGGUCAAGCGCUGCUGUACCCGCUUUUGCUCGGCGUCACUUGAGCUGCCUAUGUACCAUUCCUACAAGGUGGGUGUGACACCAGUGCCAGGCCAGGGAGAUGCGAGAGGGUGGAGAUCGCGCAAUCGGCUGGAUGGGAGGGUUGGGCGGGCAAAUUUGCGAGUCUACAAAUAA